GAUCUGCUGACGAGAUGGGCAACAGCGUGGCUUGGCCUAAUUCACAACCUUAAUCUGGCAAUGCGGAGUUGCAAAUCGGAAUACUACAAGACAUUUUCUGGAUUUCGGGAUUUAUCAGUCUGUCAGUGUGUCUACUUGAAUAAUGAGCUUUGCAUGAAACUCAUCUUUUGAUCAUUGUGGCGUCACGACUUUCUCACGAUUCUCAAGUACAAUCGGACAUGAAAAAAAUCUCAGACAGGAUUAUUUCAUCACAAAAAGAGUAGUGAGUGAGCUUGCAUGAGAUAUAUUCCGAUGCAAAUAGACUGAAGCUUCAUUUUAACCUACGUUGUUCGAACAUCGACUCUCAUUGAAGAAAAAAAAAGACGAAAUUUUUGCAUUCGAAAUGCAGAUUCCGAUUCGACCCAGUUUCAUCGGACUAAUACUGUUGGUGGAGGCGUAUUUAUUGAUUAAAGGUGAGCAAUGCUGGAUGCCUAUGAUUUGCGACGAUCAACCUACUUGGAGAGACGUUAAUACGGAGAGACAGUGCACAAAAGAACAAGAGGAGGCUCUGGAAGCUUUAACGGAACAAGUACACGAGACGGAAAGUAUGCUCGAUCAAUUACAAAAGAGGUUGGAAGAUUUGGGUACGAACUCAGUGCAGCCCUCUGUUGUAGAUGUCAAAGAAACGACCACUCCCCAGGUAUACAAAGACAAGAAAACUACCGCCCCUGCUACAUCCCCGUGGUCAACUAAGGAAGCCUUUUUCUCUACUUUUCGCCCACAAACUACAAAAGUCGAACAGAGUACAGUACGUACCUGCCCAGCCCCUAAAGCUCCAGACAACGGGACUGUAGACACCGCAACUGCCUUAGAGGUCAAUCAGACUAUCGAAUAUUCAUGCAAUGCUGGAUACGUUCUUCAAGGAUCAAACAUUGGAAAAUGCGGAGAAAAUGGAACCUGGGGUGAGGUGCCCACUUGCGUAGUACGUACCUGCCCAGCCCCUAAAGCUCCAGACAACGGGACUGUAGACACCGCAACUGCCUUAGUGGUCAAUCAGACUAUCAAAUAUUCAUGCAAUGCUGGAUACGUUCUUCAAGGAUCAAACAUUGGAAAAUGCAGAGAAAAUGGAACCUGGGGUGAGGUGCCCACUUGCAUAGUCGAUCUCACAUGUGAUUUUGAGUCUUCAACCAACCCUACAUGCGGCUACACUAGAGUUAAUGGAACAUUUCAGAGAGAAUACAGAGAUAAUGAAGUUACAGGUUAUGUUCUUGCUGGUAAUGGUACAAUCAGAUCCUUACCUAAGGCUUUGGCUGGCAAUGAGGAACUAUGCAUGAGUGUCGACAUAAAAGAUACAUCUGAUGGAGAACUGAUGGCUAAGGCUCGCAAUGGAACUGUAACGAAAGCAAUCUGGCCGUUUUCUGCCUCGACCACCUGGAAGACCGAGAAAUUCAUUUUAAAGAAAGUGAACUCUACAGAUACCGCGGUCCAGCUUGAGCUUGAGGCAUCCGGGAAUGUAGAGUUAGACAACAUAACAACUUUAAAUUCUUCCGAAUGCUAUGGUCUGGAUACAACCGUGUGGGAAGCAAAAUCUUGAAAACGGAAUAAUUUCUCCCGAGCAAGACUUGUACAGUGAGGAUCAGGAGGUCAGGUACUCUUGCAGAAAUGGUUUCACUUUGGGAGGAGAACAGACGGGAACAUGCAACGCUGAAGGUUCAUGGUCCAACAACACCAGUGUGCACUUCAAAUACACCGUGCGUGAAGCAAAAUCUUGAGAACGGAACAAUUUCUCCCGAGCAAGAAUUGUACAGUCAGGAUCAGGAGGUCAGUUACUCUUGCAGAAAUGGGUACAUUUUGGAAAGGGGACUGACGGGAACAUGCAAAGCUGACGGCUCAUGGUCCACAACACCAGUGUGCACAAAAUGUGGCGUUGUCUAUAAUGCCAGUUGUUUUCGAGCGAUCGUUUAUGACACGCCGAAUGUCACAUUGAGCGUCGCUGAAUCUCUUUGCGAAAACAAACUUACUAACAUUUAUGACGUCACACACUACAACCUGCUUCUAGAUUAUUUACGAUCAAUGAUUCCUGAUGGAAGUUCAUGGAUUUGGUUUUGUACGGGACUGAAUUACACGGUAGGUCGAGUCUGAAUCAUGUUGCUUGUGCGGCCAUACAUGAAAUCAUUAUAUAAUGUUACCGAUAUUGUUUCUGCAUUACCAUGUACUACUAUUACAUUUUAUCUUGAGGUUAAAUUCAUAUAGCUUUAGCAUAGGAGAGACGUUCAAAUCGGGCCAUUUAUAACACUGACUAAUCCAAGCUGAUAUCAAAUUUGACUUUCAUACAAAUUUAAAAAGUUUGUUUGCCAGCCUUUUCCAAUUUUUAUUUUAAAUUCAACCACAAACUUCCGUUUCCAUGUAAUGUUUCCGGGUAAUUCAACAAUUUGACUCCAACACUAAUGCUUCAACUUUACAGCUCUGAUACUAAAUCAUAGAAGACUAAUCCAAACUAAUUUGAUUUGUGUGUCGUGUAUGUUAUUCAAUUAUCAUCUACCAACGGUAAUCACUGAAGUGUGACUAAGCAGAAUAUUCACGUGAUGGUGUCACGCUUCGGUGCUCCCGAAGUAUGCGAACCAAGAUGGCGGACAUCGAAACGUAACAUGGGUAACAGAACAGUCAGCUGUAUUCAACGACAGGUCAAGCUAUAUCUCUGCCAACUGAGGUUUGGUAUCCUGAUUAUCCGAAGCCCGUUCCAUCGUGGACAACUGUUGGUGUUCGUGUCACUCUUAACCCACAAAACAACAAUCAAGGGAUUUCGAAUUAUCUUCCUUCCCGGCCAUAUCACGGAGCCAUCUGUGAAAAUGAAUUAUGAAUUUAUUGAAUGAUUGAUAAACAAAAACUGUAGAAUUACUUGAGUUUGAGAGUAAUUGUUAUUCACCCUAGUAGCUUAAUGACUAUUUCCACAGUUGAACAAGCAUAUGCUCUUGUAUUCCCGAAUAUUCGUUAGUCACACACACAGUUUAAUUUACACCCCGACUCAGGCGUGCAGCCAGGAUUUUCAAGAGGUGGUUUAAAAAUCGGAAAUUCCCAUUAUCGUCUGUAACAGUCACCGCGAUUACGCGAUCGUUAAAACAGUCGCUUUUUCAGAGCAUAAUAUUUUUUUUGUCGUGUAAAAUAUUCAAUCCAUGACAACUACGAGAUUCUUAAAUGUCUUUAUAUAAUAAUUUAAUUGUGUCCAACGUAACUCGCGGUUGCGACUUCUUACGUCAAAAUCAAAACAUUACUCUAGUAAAAUACCACAACGAUCUGUAGACAUAAAUAUAUGAGAUAAGCUGCCUGAUGUAUUUAGUUUUGAUACAUGUUUUUGGAAUCUUGCGAAAUCGCAAUCGUCGUUGGCAAACCUCGAGAUCUGAUAUAAAAUGCUGUAUAGUACAAUUUUACUUCAUACAAUGGAAUUAUAUAUAAAGUAUACCAGUAAAUCAAAAAUACAUAUUCAUCGCCUCGAAAUCCACGCCGAACAGCCGCUGCGAUUACCCCAAUUGUUGAGAGCCCCCCUAAAACACCACGGCAAUCCGCGGACAUGAAAAUAAAAAUGUGUGGUGGACUGCCCGAUUAUAUAUUGUUUUGAUUCGUAUUUUUUUCUAUUUUGCGAAUUUGACAAAUUAGAGAUGUGCUUGUAACACUGACUCCGCUCAAUCGCAAUGCUGCCACUACGAUUUUUUCUAAAGAUAGAUCCUUUCAAAAAAUCCGUACAUCUGGUGUAAAAUGUCACGGAGUGAAAUUUAUUUCCGUAAAAUAAAAAUUGAUCAAAUAUACUCCAGAUUAAUUAUGAUGUCGCGUUCUCAACCUUGUUUAACACAAAAAUUUUUGACGGCAAUUUUAAAGUAAUAUAUAAAAGGCCAAUAUUGCCCACAAUUAACCGUGUUUCGAUUUUAGUGACGAUAUGUUUGUAAACGCCGACCAAACAAGAGUCUGUGCUGUAUAGGCACACGAAAAAUUGCGGUUUUCAAUGACUGGAAAUGCGUUUUGAGACUGACGCCGGCCUCAACAAAACUUGUAUUUUUUACGGUUUCAUUUUGGCGACUUUUUCGGUUUUUAAAAAAAUUUAAAAGAGGGGGAUUUUGAUCCCGGAAGUAUGUAUGUUGAAACGAUGCGAUUAAUUGCGAACUUAUUCAAAUUGUCUGCUGGGCUUUUCUUGGGUAGGAAUUCCAAUAAAACUGCAUUCAUUAUUAGAUUUCUACCGGACAAACUAUUUUUUUAUUUCCUAGAUGUGUUCAAGAAAUGUUUGAUGAUUUGGUUUAUUUUAAUAUAUAUUUCAUGUUCAAGAAAUUUCAGUAAAUUACAAAAACGUUUGAUACUUUCUAAAUAACGGCUUCGUAUCUGUAACUUCUAAAUCUUUAAAAAUAAAGUUUCAAAAAUAAUGAAAAGACAUCGUCUUCAGAUAUUUUUCAUUGAACCUCUUUAUGAUAAAGCUGUGGAAUCAGAGAAAAUCACAAUCGACUCUGAAAAAAUUUACUUUUGAUAAAGAAACCUUUGGUAAAUGCAAACUUUCUUUAAUAGACAGUCACGAACGCUCAGUAAAAUAAUGCUUUUAGAAUUUAUAGUGACCUAUCUUAAAAACAUUGAAAAUCUACAAUUUCUACAAAUUCAGAUUCCAACUCACAUGGGAAUUUUCUCAACUUCGAUUCCACAGCUUUGUAUUUUGUAAAGUUUGUCAUUUUGCGAUGAAUAGUUUUAUUCUAAUUAGAUUCAUUUAAAAAUACUGAAAUCAAAAGUGCAGAAUGGUUUUGAUUUUAAAAUAAUUGGCCAGAAUGGAUUUUUAUUACUUUUUCUUUAUUGUUUCGAAGAAUUUCUUUUGUUUUUGCUAUUUUAACACUUUUACUGACGAAUACCUUUCCAGAAGGUCGUGUUUCUAAAGAAAGCACUUAAAGUAAAAUCUGUGUAAUUGUUGUUAAUUGUCCUUGAAUGAAAUAUUUUCCACAUUUAUUUUGGAUAAGUCCAACAGUCAAUAUUGUCGAUGUCGAUGGUUUAAGCCUCAUAACUUCUUAAUUUCAAUUGCUAAGUCCAUAUAUUUCAAUGGAUAUAUUUCUCCCAGAUUUUAUAAGCACAAGAUCUUGCUGAGAAAUCUUCUACAAAUAUCAGGGUCUGAGUUUUCAAUUGUCUUCUUUAUUUAAAUAUGACAUAUUUUUCAAUAAAUUAAAGUUCCGUUGUGCCCUGAAGAAAUUAUAAGAAAUUCAAGAAUGUAUCAAAAUCAAUUACAGCAUUGUCUCCUCUUUACAAUGAAUUUUGUAUUUUAUUUUUCUUGUGUGUGAAUUAUAAGGAUUGAUGAUAUUUUUUAUUAUAUUUGCUCUGGUAUAUGAUAUCUUUGAAUUGUUCUGAAUCACGCUGUUAACUUAUUUUUUCCAAA